AUGAUUUCAAAGGAGCCCCACCCCCUUGCCUAGUAAGCAAAGAUGGCUGCUAACAGUAUCUAGCUUAUAGUAGCGCUAUGGCUUUGUGACUGGGUUAUGAUACCUGUGUAGCUAAGAGAGCAGAAUAUUUCACAGCGAGAGAGGAUACAAUGGCCACUGCCCGGACACCAGACAAACCAAACGACGGGUUCUUAUCUAGGCUCGUUCACGGAGUGAAGAAGCUUGUCAAUGGUUCAUUCGAGAGCCAGGUGCGUACAGGUCGCACUGCACUGGAGAUGCCGUCUCAUUCUUUGGCACCUCUACAGGCGCCAGUGAUAGCGUCUACCACUGGGCCGUGUGCUGGACUCUGUCAGUUGCAGGCGGAACUGGACACACCCACACACGAGUCAGGUACAGAAGUUGCUGGAAUAACACACUGGUUCAGACCUCAACCCCAUGUUGACGGUGAAUCCAUUUCCCUCUACGAGCACAAAGCCGGGAGCACCCAACACCAUGGCGACCCGAUAGCUGACGUGUUUGCAAUCGUUGCCCGUCCUAACAACUGUAUAAUGGCCGUAGCUGAUGGAGUAAACUGGGGUAUAAAACCGCGACUUGCCGCUAGAUGUGCAGUGCACGGAUGUGUGGACUAUCUAAACUCAAAGCUCUUUGAAUGCCCCAAAUCGCCCUGCACCACUCAAGACGUUUUCCAUGACAUCCUCCGUUCGUUUCACUCUGCUCAGAAGCUGAUCAUUCAAAAAGGUGGUACUACUACCACUCUGUGUGUUGCUGUUAUUGUUGAGCUCCAGCAGGGUAAGGCUGGGGGGAGCUCCAAGUGGGGUCUUUGUGUGGUGUGUGUGGGGGACACUCUCUGUUACGUUUGGCGGAAGGAGACACAGCAGGUGCACGAGGUGACGUCAGCGACUCACUUGGGGAAGGAGCGGAACCCACGAGAUUCUGGAGGGUGUCUUGGAUGCGAUUUAGGUGACCAACCAGAUCUCAGCAAUCUCCUCUGUUGCUAUGUGCCAAUUGCGGAUGGUGAUAUUGUUUUUGCUGUUUCUGAUGGAAUUUCCGAUAACAUGGAUCCGGUUCUCCUCAAAGAAGCUGCGAGUGAUGCCACGCCCACCCCAACUUCCACCCCCUCGUUCGAAACGAUCCCCCCUUUUCCACUCCCUGCCGACCCAACUCCCAACGCAGGACUCCAAGAUAGUACACAACUGUCGCAGCUACCUAUUUUAACACCGGAGCAAAGACAAGCACAUGUGCUCAGUAAACUGUCAAACAUGCUCAGAGAUAGAAAUGUAGCCUGUAAUUUCAACUUGACGGCUACGGGUGUUAAAGACGCUGUAAUCACAUCGGCUAUUGAAAGUACGGAAGAGAAGAGAAAAUAUUUGGAGCAGUGCUGGCAAGAGCAAGAAAACUGCGAGAUGACUCUUUCUGAAAAGAGGGCAAAUGAUCGAAAAAUUGGUCGAGUUGUGAGAACCCUCCCUGGGAAAUUGGACCACGCGACGAUCGCUGCGUAUAGGGCCGGAAAAUGUAUAGUUUCAAGCGAGGAGAAUGUGAAAAGAGGUCAUUCGGCAACCCACUCUCAUGUAAUGAACACUGCGGUCGCUCAAUCUGAACAGACUAGACGUCACAACAAAACCUUUGCAGCCACUGAGAAAGCUAGUGUGAUAUAAGUUCCAGCUAUCAAGCAAUCCUGGGCACUCAGAUCACAAUUGCAAGUCUAUGAGCACUGAUUUUUCAAAUAUUCCGUGUGUGUUAUGUUUAAUACUGUACUGUAAUUAUUAUUGUCUGUUAUCUGAUUGCAAAAUAAUUAAUUAUAAGCAACAAUGUGCUAUUGUAUUAUUAUUCUUGCGGUAUUCA